AUGAUCUUAUUUAUCAAGUUUACCAUGAUAACGUCCUUAUUACUAUCAACUAUAUGGGUGACGACCGUCAAAAAUGAGCAACAACAAAAUUCUUCUAUAUUAUCAAAUGAAAAUGUUGAUGUAAAAUCAUCUUAUUUGAAAGAAAUUGUAACAAUUAACAUUGGUAAACGUGCUCGAUUCGAAUGUGAAUUAACAAAUUUAACAAAUAUGAAAGUAAGUAAAUUUGAUAUUAAUUGA